UCGGGUCCAAAUCGAGCUGAGCUAAACAUCAUGAGUGUGAGCGUAAUGUUCCUGGUGGGCGUGGCAGCUGCGGUGGCGCAGGCUGGUCCCGUUGAUCCCGAGGGAGAGGUUUCUCUCCCAGAAGCGAAGUUCGCUCUCUUCAAUCAGACAUCUGAGGUCAACAUCGAUCCCCAAGAACUCAUUACGACUCUCCAAAUCCUCCUCUGCGACGGGCCAGUGGACCUCCUGGAACUUGCCACAAGUCUGUUCAACGGUGGAGCCGACCCGGAGACCCUCUUGGAAAUUGCCAAUGGUCUGCUCGCCACUGGAAUGCAGCCCGUGGAUAUUGCCCUAUAUCUGCUCUGUGGUGGAUCCGAGCCAGCGGGUCCUCUGGACAUUUUUACAAAUGCUUUGCAAAUGUUGGGUCUGAUGCGCAACGGAACCAGGCUUCCCCCAAGAAGCCCCGCCAGGACCUGA